AUCAUUGUUGGUGUCAAUUGGAAGAGAUAUCAUACGUGCGUAUACCCGUUGCAUAUAUGGAUUGUGGUCGAUUACAUCACCGUGUUUAUCUUCCGCGUCUUCAUGUUUGUUGACAAUGGUCUUGCUGCUGGACUUGGCUUGGAUUUUGGAAGCCAACAGCGGAACGCUGGUUUUUGUGGGAGAGUGGUGGUUCUGUCUCUCCUAUCUCUGCUGCUGUAUCCAUUUCUGUGGGCUUGGACUGUUAUCGGUACAUUCUGGUUUACAAAGGCAAAAAGCUGUUUACCUGCAGAAGGCCAAAAAUGGGGUUUCCUCAUUUGGCUGAUGUUUAGCUACUGUGGCCUCCUCUGCAUUGCUUGCAUCUGUAUCGGAAAGUGGUUGGCACGAAGACAAGUACAUGUACUACGUGCUCAGCAGGGGAUUCCGAUUUCAGAGUUCGGGUUGCAAUUAGUCUAUGACACUCCUGAGUAUUAUGUCAAUGGCUGUUUUGCUUGUGCACAGAUUUUAGUUGACAUGAUCCGGGUACCUGACUGGGCAUUUGAAGCCGCAGGCCAAGAGAUGAGAGGCAUAAGUCAAGAUGCUGCUACAUACCAUCCUGGACUUUACUUGACUCCAGCCCAGGCAAGCCUUGCCGUUUAUUCUCAACACACAAAGCAUUUAACAGAAGCUGUGGAAGCACUCAUUCAAGAACUUCCAAAGUUCAGGUUAAAAGCUGUCCCAGAUGAUUGCGGAGAAUGCUUGAUCUGCUUAGAGGAGUUCCAUAUAGGACAUGAGGUUAGAGGUUUACCUUGCGCCCAUAAUUUCCAUGUGGAGUGCAUAGACCAGUGGCUGCGUUUGAACGUGAAAUGUCCUCGGUGCCGGAGCUCUGUUUUUCCAGACCUCGAUCUCAGUGCAUUAUCUAAUCUCCAGAGCUCAGAAACACAACACACACAACAGCCCACACAAGGGAACACGGAAACAACAGAAGCUCGGUACAUAAGAAGCCAACCACAAAGCGAGAGCUACUUCUUGAGACUUCAAUCCCUAAUUCACCCAGUCCACACAGACACCGCUCUGGAGACUGCAGAGAACGGUGGGGUUCCUCCUGCCUUGGCCGACCCAUCUCCAUCUCGGAGA